AUGUCAAAGAGAAAAUACGAAUUCGGUGCUUCAAAAAGGAAACGGAAAAUGCAAGAAGAAGCUUUUAUAGAUAAACAAAAAGGGUCGUUUUUAAAAUAUUUAACUACAAACAAAAACAUUGAUAAUGAACAACAACAAACUAAUGUUGAUAAUGAACAAGAACAAGCUAAUGUUAAUAAUAAUUAUCAUGAACCAACUAAUAUUGAAAAUGAUAAUGAACCGACUAAUAUUGAAAAUGAUAAUGAAAAGACUAAUGUUGAAAUUGAUAACGAACUAACUAAUAGUGAAAAUAAUAACGAACAAAGUAAUACUGAAUUUGAUAACGAACAAACUAAUAGUGAAAAUGAUAAUGAACAAACUAAUAUUGAAAUUGAUAACGAACAAACUAAUUGUGAAGAUGAUAACGCACCUUUAAACAUAUAUGAUCCAAGUAGAUGGAAUAAUAUUAGUACUAAUUUAAGAGAUUUAAUUGUAGAAAAAGGUCCUAUUAAGAUUUAUGAUUUUAAAUUUCCAAAACAUCAACAUUUAAGAAGCUUUAGUACAUCUCUUUAUAUGCAAAAAAUACCAAAUGGAGAAAAAUACGAACGAACAUGGUUGGUUUAUUCCAUAGAUGUAGGUAGAGUUUUUUAUUUUUGUUGUAAAUUAUUUAAUGUGAAUACAUCUAUAUGUUCGUUAGCACAUAAAGGUAAUAAUGAUUGGAACAAUAUUUCUAGUAUAUUAAAAAGACACGAAGCAAGUAACAAACACAUUCUUAAUAUGAGGUCAUGGAUUGACUUAGAAACUAGAUUAGCAAAUAAUAAAACAAUUGACAAGCAAAUCAAAGAACAAAUAAAUAAAGAAAAUGACCAUUGGAAAAAUGUGUUAAUACGAAUCAUUGUUGUAGUAAAAACUUUAGGAAAAAAGAAUUUAGCAUUUCGUGGAACAAAUGAAAAGAUUUAUGAAGAAAAUAAUGAUCAACUAAAUGGACUUUUGUGUUUCUUUGAAGAAUAUAGAGAAAACGAAUUUGAAAAGGCUUUAGAUUAUGCAAAAGAAUUGGCUUUAGAAAUGAAUAUAAAGACAGUACUUCACUUCAAAUUAGAUUUGAGCAAUUUAACAAGUUCAAAAAUAUUUUUGCAUGAUAAUAGCUUAGAUAUUAGUGGUUUAGAUUUAUUUCAUGAACUAAAACUUUUAAGACGUAUUGAUUAUGUUAACUAUUCCUGUAACCGUUGCCUCUGCAGAAAGAAGUUUUUCUAA